AACGCAUUGCCCCGUGCCCAUGGACAACAGGAGAGGACGGGGUUGAGGGGCGGAAUGGCCUCCUCGGUGGUCCGAGCCACGGUCCGGGCCGUGAGCAAGAGGAAGAUACAGGCCACCCGGGCCGCCCUUACUCUGACUCCGUCAGCUGUGCAUAAGAUCAAACAGCUUCUUAAAGAUAAACCUGAGCAUGUAGGUGUGAAAGUUGGAGUCCGUACAAGGGGCUGUAAUGGACUUUCGUACACGUUGGAAUAUACAAAAACAAAAGGCAACUCCGAUGAAGAAGUAGUUCAAGAUGGAGUCAGAGUAUUUAUUGAAAAGAAAGCACAGCUGACACUUCUAGGAACUGAAAUGGACUAUGUAGAAGACAAAGUAUCCAGUGAAUUUGUUUUCAAUAACCCAAACAUCAAAGGUACAUGUGGCUGUGGAGAAAGCUUUAACAUUUGAAAUCUCAGGAGUAUUACUUUGGCUUUUAACACCAUGAAACACUUCUUCAUAAGUGUGACUUUCUAAAGCUGUCACGUUUCUUCCAGGUUUUUAGGCUUUGUAAAAUGUGUCUGCAUUUCAAGGAAAAUAAAGUGAAUGCGUUUGGGAAGUGUAACCUUCUGUUAAAUUUCAGCACUGGUAUAUUUAUGCAGUCAUUUGGGGUGAAUUGAGCUCUAGAUGGUAAGAACAGCAAGGUGCAGUAGCACUUCUGUAUUUUCAUAUGUGAAGGGAAAUAAAUCUCAAUAUUUCUCCUUUUCUUGUCAUUUCCCUCUCCUUCACUCCUGUCAACCCCCCAAAAAGUGUUCUGUAAGAAUACACUGCCUAUGCAUUCUGCUUUAACUAGAAGAAAACUAUAAGAUUGUAUAUGUAUGAAUAGGCUUCAGAAUUAACUUACCUUCUUCUUUUUAAAUGAGUGUAUGUAUCUGACAGAGGUUUCCAAUGUCUUCACCCCUUGAUACUUUGAGCAUGGCUUUACUGGUGAUCUGUUCUCAAAGGAAAAUUAAUAAGCUCUAAAAGGGAGGAAAUCUUGCCUCCUUGUGCUAACAUUUUCGUGUUACGUCACCAACCGUGGCUUCAUCUUAGAAUGAGCUAAUUCAAGUCUCCAAAGUUAUGCUCACCCUUGCAUUUUGAGUUAUCUGAUUCCCUAAAUCAAUGUUUUCCUUUCCUUGUAGCAAGCACAAUCUCCUUGCUGCAGCCAGAAAGACAAGCAGUGUGGUGUUCAAAAAUAAUGCUGCAUCUUCAACUAUUUCAAUGUUAAGGCAGAAUGUGCACAGGCCUCUUUUUCCCAUACCCCAUAUUUCUGUCUUUGCCCCCAGUUGACCAAGACAACAAAAUUCCUAAACUGCUUCCAACCCAGGUCCUCGCUUUUUGCAGUACGUGUAUGUAUUCCCCUUAUGCUGUCUGGUCACCCAACAAGGAAAUUGUUUUAUGAUGAUGGAAGGAAUUUUGUCACUUUCCUAUGGUCAUACCCAUGACUGACUUUCUGUCACAGCUCAAACCUCAUUGGUAACUUCAGUAGGUGUUAAGCUUUCCCUGAUAAGGCUUACUCUAAAUUCUGUUCAACAGUUGUUUGGGGUGAAGGUAACUUUGUAAAAGAAAAAUUUCACUCUGGUUUAAAAACACUUCUGAAUCUUUGACUUGUAUAAAAACAAUGAAAUUAGUUCUUUUGUUAAACUGACACUGGCAUUAAUUUAAAGGAAGACAAAACUUAUUGCUUGGAAGAAGCCAUUGAUAGAAUGAAACUAGUUUAAUCCCCCUCUCGCUCAUUAAGAUCCUUCUGGCUACAUACCAAUCUUCCCAACUUGUAUCGUUCUUUAGCACUUCCUCCCCAGCUACUCAGGCAUCAAUAAACAUCUCUCCAGGCUUUCCGGAAAGCCAGGUUAAUUUAAGUGGCCACAAAUGCACCAAGCCACUCCUGCAGCUUGCAGGAGUAGAGAGGGGAAGAAGCUAUUGUUACUAGAGCAGUUGAGCUGAAAGUUUGCCAAAAAGAGUGGGGGAGGGGGAAGGGAGCUCACAAGGAAUACCUGAAUGCUGUCUUUAAAUAACGAAGGAGUUGAAGUGGGAGAAGGAGAUGGGACUGAAUAAGGCAUAAAGCCUGGAGAUUGACUAUCCAGGGUUGAAUUCAUUCUGGAAAACUGUUUAUUGGUACUUGAGAGAGACAACUGUGGACUGUUACUUGUUGAGGGAGUGGAAAUGCAGCUAGAACUGGCUGAGGGAGGAGGAGGAGAUAAAACUAUGGCAUCCUCCCUGCAGUAGUCAGCACAGCCCUCAAUAAUAGAAGGUUGAAGCUUCCAUAUGUAUUGCUUAAUUAAUAUUCAUACUUGAACUUUAAUUUUGUAAUGUAUGCAAUUUUGAUGUAAAAACACUGGAGUUUUCCUUCAUCAACUCUCAUACACAAAGGGUUGCUUUAUUAUAUAGUAGUUAUAGAACAGUAAUAAAGUAUAUGGGGAGAACCUGACAACAAGCUCAGUAGAUUUGAAUUUUUAAUGCCACAGUCCUCCAUUCCUGCCAAAAAAUAAAGUCUGUGUGGAUUUGUAGAGCUAAUGUCUAAAAUAAUUCAAAUGAUAGACUAAUUCUCACAUUUCUAAAUCUAUUCCUUACUGGAAAGUUUUAAAAAAAAGAAUGUAACAGGUGGUUGGUAAAAGUGCUAUCCCUGUAUUCACUCUAACUCUGUUUGAGUUCUUGUGGGCUUUUGCAUAUUCAUGGGUUUGUGUAUAUGCUCUGUGAGUGAAAGUUGAUACUUCAGUAUUUUGUGAAAUAGUCUCUGAAGAGUGUGUCGUAUUUACUAAAGCACCUAACGCACAAUCUGUUAAAGUACAUUUAUGUAAAUGCUAGUAACUUAUGUAUGAAUAUAGUUUUGUUAAUCAGUCCAUCUACAACAUGUGCAAUACUGUAUGUAGAGUUCUCAGCUGUAAUAAAUAACUGCCUGUUGGUAAACAUUA